AUGCCCGCCAUGGCAGCGCCAACGACCAACCAAGGUAACAUGCUUGGUGGUCGCGAGUUCCCACAAGUUACCUGGUAUAAGGAACCUGGUCUCCGAAAGCUCUACUUCCUCCUCUCUACCGUCAUUCUCGUCUCCGCCACCAAUGGUUUCGACGGUUCCAUGAUGAACGGUCUCCAGACCUUGAGCUACUGGAAAAACUACUUCCACCCCAGCAAUUCCGAGCUCGGUCUCCUCAACGCCAUCAUGUCUGUCGGUUCUAUCGCUGCCGUUCCAUUCUCUCCAUUCUUGUCUGAUUGGAGAGGUCGUAAGGUCGCCAUCAUGAUUGGUUUGUUCAUCAUGUUCGUUGGUGUCGCCCUUCAGUCCGCUGCUCAGAAUCUUGGUAUGUUCAUUGGUGCCCGUUUCUUGAUCGGUUUCGGUAUCUCGUUCGCCCACGGAGCUGCUCCAUUGCUCGUUACCGAAUUGGCCCAUAUGCAGCACCGUGCCAAGAUCACUUCCAUCUACAAUACUACCUGGUAUCUCGGUGCCAUCAUUGCUGCCUGGACUACCUUCGGAACCCUCAAGAUUAAGUCUGACUGGGCAUGGAGAACUCCCUCUAUCCUCCAGGCUGGUCCAGCUCUCGUCAUGAUCUGUUUCAUCUGGUUCGUCCCAGAAUCUCCACGUUGGUUGAUCUCCGCCGACCGUCACGAGGAGGCUCUCGCUAUUCUUGCUAAGUACCACGCCAAUGGAAACGCCGAUGACGAGCUCGUCCGACACGAAUUCAUUGAAAUCAAAGAGACCAUCGCCCUCGAGAAGGAAUUCAACCACCAAAAGAUCUCUGUCCUUUGGUCUACCAAGGGUAACCGACACAGAAUGUUCAUUUGCUUGUGCGCCGGUCUUUUCUCCCAAUGGUCUGGUAACUCGCUCGUUUCCUACUACAUCGCUCUCAUUCUCACCCAGGUCGGAAUCACCAAGGAAGUUGACCAGAACUUGAUCAACGGAUGUCUUCAAAUCUGGAACAUGCUUGUCGCCGGUACUAUGGCCUUCAUGGUCGACCGCUUCGGUCGUCGCCCACUCUUCCUUACCUCCACUGGUGGUAUGUUGGUCUGCUUCAUCGCAUGGACAAUCUGCUCUGAGCGUCGUGAGACUACUGGCAAUGAGGCUGCCGGACGUGCCGUCGUCGCUAUGAUCUAUCUCUACUACACCUGCUACAACUUGGCCUGGUCUGGUCUUCUCGUCGGUUACACCGUCGAAAUUCUUCCAUUCCAGAUUCGUGCCAAGGGUCUCGCUGUCAUGUUCUUCUUCGUCAACUGCGCUCUCUUCUUCAACAACUACGUCAACCCAGAAGCCAUCAACUCUAUCCGAUGGAAGUACUACAUUGUCUACGACUGCUGGCUGGCUCUCGAAUUAGCCGUUGUCUACUUCUUCUUCAUCGAAACUCGAUACACUCCUCUCGAGGAAAUCGCCAAGUACUUCGAUGGUGAUGAUGCCAGAGUCGGAGGUGAAGGUGCCACCGGACACGGAAAGGAGCUUCUCAAUGCUCUUCACGACGACGGAAAGUUGGGUGAUGAUAAGGUCACCGUCGAGCACGUGCAGAAGGCUUAG